AUUUCAACAGGACAGGUAACGCCCUCGCGGUUAACUAACGGACGUUAAAGUUAGCUAGUUAACGGUUUAACGUUCUAGUUAGCUUAGCUAGUUAACGGUCCAACGUUGUAGUUAGCUUAGCUAGUUAACGGUUCAACGUUGUAGUUAGCGCAGCUAGUUAACGGUUCAACGUUGUAGUUAGCGCAGCUAGUUAACGGUUCAACGUUGUAGUUAGCGCAGCUAGUUAACGGUUCAACGUUGUAGUUAGCGUAGCUAGUUAACGGUUCAACGUUGUAGUUAGCGUAGCUAGUUAACGGUUCAACGUUGUAGUUAGCGUAGCUAGUUAACAGUUCAACGUCAGCCGCACGCGAGGUAACGUUAGCUAGACGAGUGCCUGCAUUGCACACGCGUAUAAACAGCCAGUUGUAAUGCUUUUAUUUUGUAUAUUUUAUUUUGUUGUUGUCCGUUCAAACUUGACCAACAUUUCAAUGUAUGUUGUGUUGAACAUAGCUCGUCCGUCGCGUGUUUAUGACGUAUGCGGAAGUCCGCCGUUGCAAGCUAGCUCGUUCGGCGCAGAUCGGCGGCGCGGUGGCGUUAUGGUCGUAUUUUUUAAUAAAACCGUAAACUACUACCGGGGGAAAUUAGACCGAUUCGACGAUGAACGCGACGCGCUUGUUUUUGUUGCUGCAUGUUUUCCUGUCGGCCGCCGUGCUCGUGCACGCGUUUGAUCCGAUCACGACGACGACGGUGAUCGGCAUCGGCUUGGCGUCUCUGGGCCGGACGAUCUACAAGUAUUUACACGAGAGUUGCGGUCCGAACUGGAUCGCCUUCAACGCGACAGGUCUCCAGGUGGACCUGGAAGCCAAGCUGUUUGGACAGCACAUCGCGUCACGCAUCAUCCUGAAAGCCGUGACCGGAUUCAUGGCCAACGACAACCCGAAGAAGCCUCUGGUGCUCUCUCUGCACGGGUGGACCGGCACCGGGAAGAACUUCGUUAGUCACAUGAUCGCCAACAACAUUUACAAAGAGGGAAUGGACAGCAGCUUCGUUCACAUGUUCACAGCUGAAUUUCACUUCCCACAUUUGAGUCAAAUCGACACCUACAAGGCUCAGCUACAGCAGUGGAUCAAAGGCAAUGUCUCCAACUGUGCACAAUCCAUGUUCAUCUUUGAUGAGAUGGACAAGAUGCAUCCUGGCUUGAUUGACAGCAUAAAGCCGUACCUGGAAUACUACGAAAGUCUGGAUGGAGUUUCCUAUCGGAAAGCCAUCUUCAUCUUCCUCAGGUGAAAAGAGGAAAGCCUUCCA